AUGAGUGCGACCUGCCCCCCUCGGGAGAUCGCCAUCGUCGGUGCCGGGAUUGCUGGAAUUGCCUGCGCAUUGUCCCUGUCACGAGAACUCACCCCGUUCGUUCCGGAUCUUCAAAUCACCGUCUACGAGCGCCAUGACAUUCUCUCCACCUCGGGUGGUGCGAUCAACCUCACUCCGGUCGCUCAACGACAUCUCGCGCAACUCGGAAUCCUCGACGAGCUGGACCGCAUGGGCUCCGAAGGCGGAGCGGAUGUGGAAGCCAUUGAACUCUUCUCCAUGCGCUCCGGUCGAUCCAUUGGGUCCAUCGACUUUGUGGAUCACAAGGGCCACGGAUUCGGAGGGUAUAAAGGUCGCCGGGUCAUGCGCAUCAUUCUCUCCAUGGCGAUGAUGACGGUGGUGGAACGAACCCCUAACGUGCAGGUCGUGUUUGGGAAAAAGUUGCUGAGCGGCGAGGAACUCAACGACAAGGCGGUGCUCCAUUUCGGCGAUGGCACCGAAGUGAUCGCCGAUCUGGUCGUGGGGUGUGAUGGCGUGCACUCGGCCGUGCGAACCCGUUGGGUUGACCCGGACAGCGUGUCUCAGUACACGGGCAUGUCCUUUCUCCAAGCGACCGUUCCCACCGACACGCUCUCGUCGCGCAUUCAUUUCCAGGCUUCGGCGCUCAACAUCUCCCGCCAUGGUUCGGUGCUGACGAGUUUCUGCGAUUCCAAGCAUGAACAGAUCUUUGUCGCGGCGAUCGUGCAAUUCGACGAAACCGAAUUGAGCUACUACCGCCUGGAGCCGGGCCAGGAUUGGGCCAGCAGAGAUCGCAUUCGUCAGGAAUUACGCAGCGAGAUGCGGGAUCGUUUCGCCAAAUCCGCCUUACCGUGCAUCCGUGAAAUGGUCGAGAGCAAGGCCGACUGGAUGCUCUACCCCGUCUACCAGGUGCCACCGGGGGGCCGCUGGUGUAUGAAUCGGGUCAUCCUGCUGGGUGACGCCGCACAUGCAAUGCCCCCCCGAGAUGAAUCUGCCGCCUACGCGCUGGACGAUGCUAUCCUCUUUGCGCGUAUGCUCUCGCGGUACCACCAUGAACCCUUGACCGAGGUCUUUGACGCGUACGAGCGACUCCGCCGCGAGACGAUCAAUCAGGCCUUUAGAGAAUCCCGGCGGAUGUGGGAUCGCAACCGGGACAUGGGCUUCCUGGAAAGCCGUCUGAAGGAAUGGAUGAUGCCGUUUCAGAUUCGACAUCGUCGGGAACAGCGGGAAUCCGCCUGGGAGUAUGAUGCCACCAAGGUCUUACUCCCGACGCCCACCCCGAGUGAGGAUAUGGUGUCAUUGAAUUCAUUCUUGGGAGGGUAA